CUUGUGUAGUAGACGAACCAAACCGAGCCUAUGUACGGAAAAACACCUGCCCAGAAAAUGGAUGCCUCCGAAGAGCUCUUUCUCACCCUCUCAACUGGCGUGCGAAUAUGCUAUCAAACCUUUGGUGACCCAUCCAAUCCCAUUGUUGUCCUCAUCACCGGCCACUCUGGUUCAAUACUUGAAUAGCAGUAGGAUAUGAUCCAGAUCUUUAACCCAGCCGGCGACCCUCAACACUUCAUCAUCCGCCUUGACCGCCUCGACACUGGCCUGUCAACCGAGUUCCCGGUUCCCGGCGGAUACACCCCAC